AUGUCUGAAAUCCAUGGCAAUAAGAGAGUCACCAAACCUUCGUCGAGGUACGCUGACUCCGAGUUCAGCAAGGAAGACAACAUUUCACGUUUCGAUCACAUCGUGCUUCUCCCCCCCUUCCUAGUGGUGCAGUUUGAAGAUAAAAAGGAAAGAUAUAUAACAGACUUGGGAGAAGUUACAACACCUGAUGAUGAGCCUGUUAAGUGGGAGGGGGUUAAGGAGAAGAUGCCAGUUGCUGCCUGGUGGCCAGAUACUGGUUGUUUUUAUGAUGCCACCAUCACCAGUGUGGUACUCCAAGAAUCUCCAUCCAAGAGGAACAAGAAGACCAGGCUAGCAUCAGCCAAGUCACAGACUAGUGUUCUGAAGGCGGCAAAGAAAAAUCAGCAGGAACUUCGCUCCAGACUUGCUAACCAGAGGGCAAAAUCUUUGUUCACUAGCAGAGCACUCCAGCCUUCCCCAUCCAGUAACUCGCAUCAGCCUCCUUCCCCAUCCAGUAACUCGCAUCAGCCUCCUUCCCCAUCCAGUAACUCGCAUCAGCCUCCUUCCCCAUCCACUAACUCGCAUCAGCCUCCUUCCCCAUCCAGUAACUCGCAUCAGCCUCCUUCCCCAUCCAGUAACUCGCAUCAGCCUCCUUCCCCAUCCACUAACUCGCAUCAGCCUCCUUCCCCAUCCACUAACUCGCAUCAGCCUCCUUCCCCAUCCACUAACUCGCAUCAGCCUCCUUCCCCAUCCAGUAACUCGCAUCAGCCUCCUUCCCCAUCCACUAACUCGCAUCAGCCUCCUUCCCCAUCCAGUAACUCGCAUCAGCCUCCUUCCCCAUCCACUAACUCGCAUCAGCCUCCUUCCCCGUCCACUAACUCGCAUCAGCCUCCUUCCCCGUCCACUAACUCGCAUCAGCCUCCUUCCCCGUCCACUAACUCGCAUCAGCCUCCUUCCCCAUCCACUAACUCGCAUCAGCCUUCCCCGUCCACUAACUCGCAUCAGCCUUCCCCUUCCACUAACUCGCAUCAGCCUUCCCCGUCCACUAACUCGCAUCAGCCUUCCCCGUCCACUAACUCGCAUCAACCUUCCCCGUCCACUAACUCGCAUCAGCCUUCCCCAUCAAGUAACUCCACCUGGCCUUCCCAGUUGCUUUACUCAUCUCUGCCUUCUCGCUCACAUCAACCUUCCCAGCCUUCCCAGUCACUGCACUCUCCUCAGCCUUCAAACCACUACCACAGUUCUCCCCAGCCUUUACAACCCCCCCUUGCAUUUCCUAACUAG